AUGCUGGGCAUGUACGUGCCGGACAGGUUCUCCCUGAAGUCCUCCCGGGUUCAGGACGGGAUGGGGCUCUACACGGCCCGCAGAGUAAGAAAGGGUGAAAAGUUUGGACCGUUUGCUGGAGAGAAGAGAAUGCCCGAAGACUUGGAUGAAAAUAUGGAUUACAGGUUGAUGUGGGAGGUUCGUGGGAGUAAGGGAGAAGUUCUGUACAUUUUGGAUGCUACCAACCCACGGCACUCCAACUGGCUUCGCUUUGUUCACGAGGCACCAUCUCAGGAGCAGAAGAACUUGGCUGCCAUUCAAGAAGGAGAAAACAUUUUCUAUCUGGCAAUUGAAGAUAUAGAAACAGAUACAGAGCUUCUGAUUGGCUACCUGGAUAGUGACAUGGAGGCCGAUGAAGAAGAACAGCAAAUUAUGACGAUGAUCAAAGAAGAGGAAGGUAAAAAUUCUACAGGACAAUCAGCAGCUGGCAGAAAAGAUCGCUUUGGCUGUAAAGAGGACUAUGCCUGUCCCCAGUGUGAAUCGAGUUUUACCAGUGAGGAAAUUCUUGCUGAGCAUCUUCAGACAUUGCACCAGAAACCCACAGAGGAGAAAGAAUUUAAGUGCAAGAGCUGUGGGAAGAAAUUCCCAGUUAAACAGGCUUUGCAAAGACAUGUUCUUCAGUGCUCAGCAAAAAGCAGUCUGAAGGAUUCUUCACGAAGUUUUCAGUGCUCUGUUUGCAAUUCUUCCUUCAGUUCAGCAUCAAGUUUUGAGCAGCACCAGGAGACUUGCCGGGGAGAUGCCAGGUUUGUGUGUAAGGCUGACAGCUGUGGAAAGAGACUGAAGAGCAAGGAUGCCCUGAGAAGACACCAGGAAAACAUCCACACCGGGGAUCCUAAGAAAAAACUCAUAUGUUCAGUGUGCAAUAAAAAGUGUUCUUCAGCAUCAAGCCUGCAGGAACAUAGGAAGAUUCAUGAGGUAUUUGAUUGUCAAGAAUGUAUGAAGAAAUUCAUUUCAGCUAAUCAGCUAAAACGUCAUAUGAUCACCCACUCAGAAAAACGACCCUAUAAUUGUGAGAUUUGUAAUAAAUCUUUCAAGAGGCUCGAUCAAGUGGGUGCUCACAAAGUAAUACACAGUGAAGAUAAACCUUACAAAUGCAAGCUUUGUGGAAAGGGAUUUGCCCACAGAAAUGUUUACAAGAAUCACAAGAAGACCCACUCUGAAGAGAGGCCUUUCCAAUGUGAGGAAUGUAAAGCUUUGUUCCGGACCCCAUUUUCUUUGCAGAGACACCUGCUCAUACAUAACAGUGAGAGGACUUUCAAGUGUCAUCACUGUGAUGCUACCUUUAAAAGGAAGGACACCUUAAAUGUUCAUGUCCAGGUGGUUCAUGAAAGACACAAGAAGUACAGAUGUGAGCUGUGUAAUAAGGCAUUUGUUACACCUUCAGUGCUUAGAAGUCAUAAGAAAACACAUACAGGAGAAAAGGAGAAAAUCUGCCCAUAUUGUGGCCAGAAAUUUGCCAGCAGUGGUACACUGAGAGUUCACAUCCGUAGCCACACAGGUGAGCGUCCCUAUCAAUGCCCUUACUGUGAAAAAGGAUUCAGUAAAAAUGACGGGCUGAAGAUGCACAUUCGUACUCACACCAGGGAGAAACCAUACAAGUGCUCAGACUGCAGCAAGGCCUUCAGCCAGAAGCGAGGCCUGGAUGAGCACAAGAGGACGCACACCGGAGAAAAGCCUUUUCAGUGUGAUGUUUGUGACUUGGCUUUUAGCCUGAAGAAAAUGCUGAUCCGACACAAGAUGACUCAUAAUCCUAAUCGUCCACUGGCAGAAUGCCAGUUUUGCCAUAAGAAGUUUACAAGGAAUGACUACCUCAAAGUGCACAUGGACAAUAUCCAUGGAGAGGCUGACAGCUAA